AUGGCGGCUUCUUCGACAUUUUCUUACGCGCAAGCGGCUAAGGGACAGAGCGCGUCUCCAUCUACCGCUUUACCGAAUGUUGUAUCGCAGCCUCAAGGUGCCGCGUCUCCCGUGACGCCCGAUACUCCCGCCGAAUCCUUGGACGCUUCACGCCCCACCGAAUCCCGCAUCGUUGUGGCAGUUGAGAAACAGGAUGUUGACAGCAAUAUUGGUUCCGAGAGCGAUCUGCGCUCCGAGACGACUAACGACAGACGCUCCGAAUUGAGACGAGAUGACGAUUCCGGAAGACUAGACCGGCCUUGGAGGAGGACAGACAAGGGCACGAGAUCCUCAAGCACAGCUACAGGGUCUGUUGACGAGCAGGAGUCAAGGAAACCUCGCAAGGGGAAGAAGUCCAAGGCAUCAUCAGACAAACAGUCCAAUGAUCAGGCACCAGCAGCCGAUAAGGACAAGGAGACUGCACAGCAAGCUAGCAAGGCCGAGUUGUCCGAGGCACCCAUUCCCUCAAUCAACAUUUGGCACCAGCGCAAGGAGCAACAAUCCAAGGCCAAAGUGUCUCCUUCCGAGGGCAUACCCAAUGGUACUACCAGCCAUGAUGGUGAGGCAAAGAAGCCCGCCAAGGACUCUGUCUCUGCAAAUUCAACAAAAGAAAACGCGCCCACCAACGGGGUCAAGUCAAAUCGUAAGAAUGGCGACUCUGCUCGUUCCGACCGAAACGGUAGCCGGGGCUCCCGGCUGGCCGAAAAGGAUACCAAGACUGAGCUACCUCCGCCAGUGGAAGAUGCGGCUUCCUGGCCUACACCUGAAAUCGCCAUCAAGGAGGAGCAGAAGAAGCCUGCUGCUACAAAGUCUGCCCCGGCUCAAGAAAAAGAGCCCCAAGAUGAUGCAUCUCACAACAAGCGAACCAAGGAGAAGUGGGUUACCUAUGACUAUGUACCGUCAGUCAACUUCGAGACCCAGCUGCCGCAGAUGCGCAACUCCAAGCCUCGCGGUGGUGCCCGCAGCGCCAACAGUGGCCGAACUGCUCCCAACGGUGCUCAGUCUGGCGACAAGACUUCCGCUUAUGCUGCUCCUAGCAAGCCUGUCGAGUCUAAGGACCGGGCUAAGGAUAAUACUGCUGGUGCCAACAAAAAUGCAUCGCUUCCUCCGGCCUCUAAACGGGUUUCGGUGGACGUCAACACUACUGCGAAGGAGCAAAAGAAAACGACUGCCCAGUCGGGUAACGACAAGGCAAAAGAUGUCGCAACUGCACAAUCGCAGAACACUAAUGCUCGCUCCGAGGGCAGAGCUGAACGAGGACGUGGCGGCUAUCGCGGCCGAGGCGCUCAUCACGCUGUCAAUACUCACUCGCAACACCAGCACAGCGCCGCCGGUAACUUUUCCAACAACGGAUCAGUGCCCGGAAGACCUCAGGGUCCUUACAGCCCUCCACCACGACAGGGCCCUCAUGGCCAGGGUUACAUGGCCCCUCCCCAGCGAGGUGGAAGAGGCCGCAAUGGCGCUGGUAACAACUUCCACCGCAUGUCUCUUCCCAACGGUACUACCCGCAUUCCCCCCAUUCAGACCCAGUUUGGCUCUUAUGAGUACCCCAUGGCUCCUUUGUCGGCCAUGUCAUUUCAACAAGCCGCCGUGUGGGACGCCGCCUUCAUGGCUGUACUUAGGAGUCAGAUCGAGUACUACUUUUCCAUUGAAAACCUGUGCAAAGACAUGUAUCUGCGACAGCGCAUGGACUCACAAGGCUUUGUCAAUCUUCAUUUCAUUGCCGCCUUCAAGCGUAUUCGGGAACUUACCCCGGAUGUGGCUGUGGUUCGAGCCGCAUGCGAAAUAUCUUCGGAGCUCGACUUUAUUGUUGGCGAAGAUGAUAUCGAGCGCUUGCGCCGCCGUAACGGCUGGCAGAGCUUCAUCUUGCCGGUGGAAGACCGAGAUGAGUUCGCUCGCAACCCCGGCCCGGUACAGGUAACCUUCAAGAACCGUCCUUACAACUAUGUCCCCCAAUAUAACAGUGCUAUGCCUGUGCCUUAUGGAAUAGCUCCCACGAUGGGUUUCGCCCCGCAAGGUGAUGCUACAUUCCAGCAAUUCGCAGAAAGCGUACCUUCCGGCCAGGCCGUAAAUGGACUGGUAAAUGGAAACUGCCACGCCCAUGCCAGCAGCACCCAGCUAUCCGCUGAUGUCCCGGACUUUUCUCCUUCCGGUUUAGCAGGGCGAGCCUCUGAUGCUCUGAACCAUGCCUCUGAAGCAACCAACGGGCUGACCAAUGGAAUCCACGCCGAGUAA